AUGAUCACGAUUAGUGGGACUCUAGGAGUCGGUCUUUACGUACGCGGCGGUACAAUUCUGAGACUCGGUGGACCUGUCGCUGUGCUACUCUCGUUCGCCUUGCUCGGAGCCCUUGCCUGGGGUGUAAUGCAGUGCAUAGCAGAGAUGCUUUGUAUCUGGCCCAUCUCAGGAGCUCUGAACGUCUAUGUUGCUGAAUUUGUCGACGCUGAACUAGGUAUAGCUGUCGGUGUAGCAUACUGGUACACGUACGCAAUCUCUUUUGCAGCUCUCAUUGCAGCAAGCGCAGGUAUCGCAGAAUAUUGGCAAACACCUAAAGGGAUACAAGGUGGCGUAUUGUUCUUCCUGAUUCCUGCAGUGCUGGUUCUGAUCAAUGCUUUCGGUAUACGGCUGUACGGACUAGUCGAGGUUAUUGGUGGAACAUUGAAGCUGUCGUUCCUGGCGGUCAUCAUUGUCGCCAUGAUUGCCAUCAACCAGGGUGUUGGACCUGGACCAAACCUCGGCACUACGCUUUAUCCACCUACAGUCAUUGUUCAUGACGACGAUGCAACAAACAGCUGGGCUCAAGCUUUCUUUGUGAGUUUGUCGGUUGCUGCCUUCGCUUACGUCGGUGUCGAGAUCACAGCUGCGUCUGCGCUAGAAGCACGUGUGACGGAAGAACGAAACCCUGAGCAGCCACGUACAAUUGGUAGAACUGUGAAGUUCUCAGCCGUGUACAUACCUUUCUUAGCUGGCAUUGCGUAUGUUCUGGCGGGAGUUCUAGUCACACUCAACAUCUCGUGGAAAGACGAGAGGCUACCACGCAUGAGCUGGGUAACAGGCCCAGAAACAAAUCAAACAAAUAGCACGGUCGGGUCCACGAACUCGGCUUUUGUGCUCGUAGCCGAAGACAGUCGGAUCCCAGGACUAGCAGGGACGAUGAACAUUUUUCUGAUGUUCACUGCUCUCAGUUGCGCCAAUACGAACCUCUACGUCGCAUCUCGCACACUAUUCAGUUUGACUAGGGGUUUGGAUGGUGGCUCCAAAGAACCCAUAUACAAGCGCCUUCUCGCGUACUUUGGAAGAACCAACCGACGACAGGUGCCACUACGAGCCAUCAUUGCAUCUUGUAUAUUCGCAUGGAUCCCAUUCCUCUACCUGGCAAGUGAGCAUGGGCCUGAUACGAGCAUCGGCACAAUUUUGGACGUUCUUUCGGAGAUGGGCUCAAUCGGUGUCAUCAUAGUGUGGGCUUGUGAGUGCUGGGCAUACAUCCGAUUCCUCAAACCACUGACACUCUCCAGUGUCGAGAAGAUUAGGAACCGUGAAACCCUCCGCAAUAUCCCCUACAUACGACGCUGGAACCACGGAAGGAACGAUCUACCGGAUGACUUUCCCUAUCGCAGCCAUGGCCAGCCGAUCACGGCAUACGCCUCUCUGUUGGCGUGCCUAAUGAUCUUGUUCGUUGCCAAUGGAGCAUCGUUAUGGAAGCAAUUUCGCAUACAGCAAUUCCUCGCUGCGUAUCUCGCGCCUAUCUGCUUCCUGCUGCUAUGGCUCUUGUUGAAGGUUUUACGAAAAGGCCAGUGGCGCCUGGUAGACUUGUCGAAUGGAGAAGAGUUGGCAAGCAAACUCAAGGGUCUACACGAGAUUCGCUGGCGCAGUACUGGUAAUUCGGAUGCAGGACGACCUGGCAUUCAAAAUCUCUGGGGGCUUCUUUGA